AUGGCUGACCCGACGACGAUCACUAGAAACGCGGCUCUCCUCGGUACCACUUUUGCGCAACAUUAUUACGCCGUGAUGCGUACGACACCGGAACAAGCGGAUCAAUUCUACGAUGAUUCCGGUGAGUACCAGACGGUCUAUGAAGACUGCGCGGCCGUCAUAGCCAGGACCCGGCAGCAGGUGAAAAAGGUGUUGUCGCGACCCAUGGCAGCGUCCAAGUUAACCGUUAAAUCGAUUUUUUCCGUACCAUAUGGUGGAUCGGUUGAACGCCUCCUGGUUAUUGUGACCGGUCAAUCGUUCAUGCACGUAUUCGUCGCGGAGUACAGACCAAAACGGUUUCUUAAUUACGUCAUUGUGACGUCUUUAACUCAAUAUGUUAACGCGGAAAAAGCCGGCGACUGUCCGAACCUGAAAACGACUCUUGGCGCAGGCGACUGUCGAACUGACAUCAGCACCGAUCGCACACCGACGGCUUGUUUAAAAGCGAAGAAACAAGUAGGAUCUUCGCCUUGUAUACCCACUUACCAUGAACCAUUUCCCAAUACCGUCACCGAUAACGUGCAACCCGAUAUCAUCAUCGAUAAUGCACUUUUCAAAUUUAUAAAUAACAUAAAAAAUCCCGCCGAAAUCACUAUAUCCCGCGAACCCCUUCCCGAUACCAUAACCGAUAACACACCGACGGCAGGUUCAAAAGCCAAAAAACACGUACGAUUUGCCUCUAAUAUAGCUACUUAUCACGAACCCAUUCCCGAUAAUAUCAACGAUAACACGCAAUACGAUACCGUCACCGAAAUUCCACCUAUCGCAAUCUUAAAACGUAAAUCCAAUCCUAUCGAAAUCGCAACUCCCCCUGAACCUUCAACUCCGAAUACAGUUAGCAUUAAUAUACAUCACAACUUGGUCACCCAAAACCCACUUACUAGAAACAUUAGCAGCGUACCCAAUCCCUCCCAAAUGUCUACCCUACGCGAACCCGCCCCGAAUGCCUUCAAUGAAAAGAUUCAACCAAAUUUCGCUACCGGAAAAUCGCAGAGCCAAAUUUUAAAACGCGUCCCAACUCCACCUGUAAUCAAAAACUCUCGCAAACCUCUCUCUUUGAUCAUCGAUACUCACAAUACACCUCUCGGUUUAGCCAAAAAAAAACCACCCGUUCAAAUUUUAAACCGCGUACCCAAUCCCACUGAUGUAUCAUCUCACCGCGAACCCUCAACUCCGAAUACAACUACCAUUAAUAUGCAUUGCAAUUUGGCCAGCCGAAUCUCGCCUACUAGAACCCUACACCACGUACCUAAUCCCUCCGAAAUGACCGCACUCCGCAAACCCUCCUCAUCGAAUACUGUUGUCGGUAAUAAGCGUCGUAAUUUUUUUAACCAAAAACCCACCUACUAGAAUCGUAAACCGCUAUCACAAUCCCACCAAUCUCUCCAUAUCCCGCCAACUACUUUCCGCGACAUUUGGAAAUCCGAAUACUAUUUCUGCCCAUUACACACGCUACGUGCGUCUCCGCACAUCCAAUCCAGAUCCCAGUUGUGGCCGAUUCACCGGAAGUAUGGGUGCCUUAAUGCCACCGAUUCGCAGGCGUUGGAAUCGACUACGCCGAACCAGUUACGAUGCGAGAUAACCAGUCACGAAAAAUGCGGACGUACAAAACUGUAUCCGUGUUUGUGUGGCUACGCGUCACGGCAGCGGUCCACUUGAAUCCAUCGACGUCUACUCGGACUGCGGGAUCUAUUGCAUCGUCGCCGACCGGCGGCUCCGUCUACUCAUUAAUUUUAAUUAACGCGAUAAGCGAGCAGCGAUAG